UAAACUCAUCUUUCUCUUUCUUUUGUUUGUUUCUUAUUAACAAGAGAACAAUCAGUUUCAGUUCCAACCCCCAAAAACCUGUUCCCUAAACUUGCUUUUUCUUGCUCCUUAAUAGCCAAAAAAACCUUAUUGCAUGUCUUUUCUUAUUAAAUUCUCUUCCAAAAUUCCCUUCAUUUCAUAUAUAUAUGCUGCUUCAAAACCAAAACAUGAUGCAUAAUAACAAGAAACUCUUGUUUUUCAACUAAGCAUGUGUAGUAUCUUUGUUUCUUCAACAAGUAUGGACAAUUACCUAGGUGAUUUAACUGACAUAAUCAGAGGUGGUACUGCUGGAGCAUAUAGUAGUACAGGAACUUCAUCAUCAUCUGCUGAACCUGCAGUUUCUCAUCUUCAUGAUCAUGAUAAUCAGUGGAAUCAUCAUCAUCAACAUCAUCAUCAACAUAAUCAUAAUCAUCAAUUCUCUUCUGAUCAUCAUCAUCAUCACCCUUUGAGUUUCUCUUCUGUUCUUGAAGACAAUAGAGGAGGAACAAACAUGAAUAUGUUUGGUGAUCCAUUAUUCUCAACUUUAAGAGAUCCAUUUUUACAAGAACUUGAUCAUAUACCUUCUUCUUCUUACUUCAACAUCACAAGUACUACUAGUACUACUUCACCUGCUUCUAUAAUUGAUGUUGCUUCUUCUGGUGUUAGUGUUACUACUUCAUCAUCUUCUUCUGCUUCUGUUUUUGCACUUGAUGAGUUGAGAUCAAUAUCAAGACCAUGUAAAAACAUAUUCUCAAAUAUGAUUCAGAUCUCUCCUAAUCCAAAGUUACCUAAUUAUGAAUCUUCUUCAACAAUAGCAGCACCUUCUCCAAGACCAAUUAAACCUUCUGCUGUUAUUUCAACCAACAUCAAUAUUAAUGCUAAGGAUUCUCUUCUAGACAACACAGGAGUUCAGAUCUCAUCUUCCAGGAAUACAGGUCUUAAACGAAGGAAGAAUCAAGCAAAAAAGGUAGUUUGUAUUCCUGCACCAGCAGCUGCAAAUAGUAGACAAACUGGAGAAGUAGUUCCUUCAGAUUUGUGGGCUUGGAGAAAAUAUGGUCAGAAGCCUAUUAAAGGUUCACCUUAUCCAAGGGGUUAUUAUAGAUGCAGCAGUUCAAAGGGAUGUUCAGCUAGGAAACAAGUUGAGAGAAGCAGAACAGAUCCAAACAUGUUGGUUAUAACCUACACUUCAGAACACAAUCAUCCAUGGCCAACACAAAGAAAUGCCUUAGCAGGUUCAACAAGAUCUCAACCAUCCAAAAACAAUACUUCUAUAAAGAAUUCAGAAACUUCACAGCCACAAAAUGACACAACAAAGCCAAAAGAAGAACAAGAGAACAAUAAUAACAGUGAUGGAAAUGAUUCUCCAGUUGUUAACAAUGUGAAGGAAGAGAAUAUGGAAGAUAUAGAAAAGCUACAAAUUGAGAUGGAUGAAGGAGAAUUCAGUGAUGGACUUUCUUAUAAGGUGAUGGAAAAUAGCAAAAUUCAUGAAGAUUUUUUUGCUGAAUUAGGUGAAAUUGAAACUGAUCCAUUAAACCUAUUGUUUAAUCAAGGUUUUGGUGGUAAUUCAAGUAAUGAUAGGGAUCAAUCCAAGGGUUUAGAUCCAUUUCAUCUCUUUGACUGGUCAGGUGAUAACAACAAUACCAACAACUCAUUUGAAGAACCAAAUAAGAGAAGGCUAUGAUGACAACAAGACCUAGAAUUUAAAUGCAUGCACCUAGCAACAAUUUCUACCUCACAAAAAAAGACCUAGUUUUCAAUCUUGCUUUUUAGUAUUAUUUGGUGGUGCUAGCUAUACUACUCAAGGUCAUGUUUGGCUAUCAUGUGAUUUGAAGUGUGUCAUGUGGAGGAGGAUUGAAGAAAUUUUCAUUUUUUUACUUACUAUAGAAAAAAGUUGAAAUAACGAUAUAAAUUUAGAGACAAAAAAAAAAAUACAUGAUUUGUCUUUAAUUUAAUCGUUUACUAUUAAAGACAUCAAAAUUUAAUGAUCGAUUUUAUUUUUUCCAUCUCUAAUUAAUAUCAUUAUUUCAACUUUUUCCGAUAGUUCAAUUUUUUGGAUUUUAAUUGUCUACAAUUAAUACGAAACACAUUCAAACAUUUAAAUUACUGAGUGUGUGAAUGCGUGUUGACGUUGAUUGUAGAUAAUACAAACCCUACUUUAUUUUAUUUUUCUUGUUAUUUACCAGAAAAGGCAGUGAAAAAAUUAUAAGAAAAGUGAAAAAGAGAAAGAGUGCUGGUUGGUUGAUUGGAAGCAAACCAAACUGAGUCCCACAUUCCUUUUGGAAUAUUGGUGGAUGGGACAGAAAGCUGAGGAACAGAAGGUUGCAAUAGUUGCAACAAGUACAUUUCACUAUAUGAAGACAUGAUCACUCGAAAGUUGAGUAGUGUGAGUAGAUUGAUGAUAAAAAAGAUAAGACUAGCCCUUUCAUCUUUUCAAGUGGGAAAAAUUAUUUAUUUUGAAACCUUCUUGGUCAUGCUCAUGCUCAUGCAUGUGGGGUUAUUAUUGUUAUUAUUCUAAUUCCAAAGUGUGUGAGUGAAAAAGAGAAAGAAUUUGGAUUCCAAGAUUUGCUUGUGAGAUGAAAUUUAUGAAAGAAGACAAAAGAAUAUAUUUAGGGUAAUUUUAUUUAUAAUAUAAAGCUUGACUUUUCAUAUCAGUCACCUCUAAUCUAGGGAUGUGUGACAUAUGAGAGGUGAAAUGCAUGCUUUGGUUCCUCAGCUUUCUGUUUUCUUAUUACUAUUAUUAUCCACCGACUUGUUUGUGUUCA